AUGGAUGAUAGAAGUACAAAGAAGAUUACUUUCAAUAAAUCAAUCUUAUUAAGUCUAAAGGCAGAAGUACUUAAGAAACAAGAAGAAGUAUUAGAAAAGAAACAAUUGCCUCAACAUAGAAUUGAGAACUAUAAACCUCCUAAAGUGGAAAAACAAUGCCUUGAUAAAAGCAAAGAAAACCAAAAAUGUUUUAAGGAUAGCUUAAAGGCAGUAGACACAGAUGAAUUGGAAGCAUGUAGAAAAUCAAAAUUAGCAUUGGAGAAAAAAGCUGAACUUUAUGAACAUUUAUCAGACAGGACAGGUAACUCUCUGUUGGCUGAAAGAUUUCUUGUUGAUUUUAAUGGGAAAAAACAAAAUGAGUCCAUGAAACCUUUACACAAAAAUGAGUGUGAAAAUGAUGCAGUGACUAACAUUGAUAAUGAAGAUGACAAUGAAUGGAUUGAAUUUACCGACUGUUUGGGGCGAACACGCAAAUGUCUUAAAUCUGACUUAGAGUUGUACAAAAAGAGAGACAAAGAACUACUGAGGGUAAUAACAAAAGGUGAAGAAGAUGAAGCUACUGAGGUACCCGAUAAGCCAGAAAAACCAUUUUUGGUUCAAAAAACUAAUGAUUACCUGCAAUCUUUACGAGAGAAAUGGGAACAGAAAGAAAAAGAACUACUUGCAAAAGAUAAAGAUGUACACUAUCAAGAUUUAUUAUUUGAUGAGGCAAGAAUGCACGGCGUGGGUUAUUACUCUUUCAGUACUGAUGAGACUGAGCGUCAAAAGCAAAUGGAUGAGUUAAUGAAACAAAGACAGGAGACUUUGCGAGCUCAAAAGGAAGCAGAAGAACGUAAGAAGAAGCGAGACGAGUUAUUGGCGGCAAGGGUUGCAGCUGCUAGGGCACGUCAACGUGCCAGGGCUGGUUUGCCUCCAGAAGAACCACAGAAAAAUGAAAAAGACUUUACUACAUGCUUGUUAGAGUUUUUAACUCAACAGAAAAAUGAAGCAGAUAAUAAAGCAAAAGAGGAAGAAAAGAGAAUUCGAGAGGAGCAAGAGAAGGAAAGACAAAAGUUGCGCGAAGCUUAUGUUCGCGAAUGGGACCUUGGUAAAGAGGGUAUGGAAGAGAAAGUAAAAAAAUUCAGAGAACUUACGCAAGAAGAAUACGUGGAACAGCAAAGGUCUAAAAGAAUAGAUGAAUUCGCUCCUCCUCAGCAAUGCUCUAGAAAAAACGCUAGCAGUGUUUUCGAUGAAAAAGGAAAAAUGGUUUCGUCUGAUAGAAAUACAACUAUAUCAAAAACCUGGGCAGAUGUAAGACCAAAAACACCUCCUCCGCCAGUUAUUGAAUCUGUAGAAGAAUCACCUAAAGGUCUAUUCUUCACAACCAAGAAAGUUGAUGUAAAAUAUAAGAAUUUUGUUAAAGCACCUGAGCCAAAUCCAAUAGUCAAUGAAGUAAGUGAUGAUGAGAACUCAAAUGGAGAAGGGAGACAAAAACCAAACAAAAGAAAAUCCGAUGUAGUAUCAAAAGAAAUUCCGCCACCACCUACAUAUGACUACUAUGGACCUGUUACCAAACAAUCAAAGGUAAAAAAGCCAUUUAGUUCAGAUUUAAGAGAGGCUUUCACACAAGGUGCGAAAAGUUUAGAGCCCAAAGUUAGUAAUCGACAAUUAUCAAAGAAUUACGACUUUACAUUCGAUUAA